CACUAUAAAUAUGCGACUAAUUCUGGUCAUUCAGCAGACAUACUGAAAAUGGUACAAGUAAAUAAGAACAACAAUUAGUUUACUUGCCUACAGAUUAUCAAUUAUGUUAAUAAUGUAUCGCAUGAAAUAUAACUUUCUUUCAUAGACUGUCGACCCGGGCCAGCUGAUAUUCUUUUUAUAGUAGAUACAUCUACCAGUUCAGAAGGUCAUCUAAAUAGAACUAUCGAAAUUAUGACGUACAUUGUCAAGAGGUUGCCUAUAGGAUCUGAAGAUUUUCAAAUUGCUCUGAUGAAAUACAACUACCAUCCCUCGCUUGUAUUUAACUUUGUAGAAUAUACAAGUGUACAGCCAAUUACGUCUGCAUUUCAUGAAAUACACAUUUCUAAUGGACCAACAAAUACUGGUGAGGCCUUACAAAAAGCAGACGAGAUAUUUCACGACAAGUCAUCUGGAUCUCGUAUCUCUGCUUACAAAUACGUCAUUUCAAUCUAUGAUGGUUUGUCAUCUGAUAGAAUGAACGCAUUAUCACAAGCAAAAAAAAUGAGAGAAAAAAGAAUAAAACUUUUCGCAGUAGGCAUUGGGAAUGCAGUUUCUCACGAUGAGAUUGUAAACAUUGCAUUCAGUAAAUGUUACGCGUUCAACCAUAUUCACCUAGAUGAUAUUUACAACCAACUAAUACAAGACAGUAUAGACGUCAGUUGUCCAGUGUGCGUACGUAGGACAGAAGCUGACAUCAUCAUACUUUUAGAUGUUCAAAAGAAUCAGUCGAGCAUUGGGUUUCAAUAUCGAAAAACAGCCAUCAGGAAAUUACUUGAAGGUUUAUAUAACGAUAACCCUAACGUACAUAUAGGUAUGGUUGCAUACUCAGAUCAUGCUGAUUAUAUAUUCAAAUUAUCAUGGUCGAACAACGUUCACAGUCGUAUCGCGGCUGCCUUUCAAGUUGAAAAAGACAAGGUGUCUGUUGAAUCUAAUUUUAGCCAUACUCUUCAAUUUGUAGGCGUUGAUGCCUUUCGUAGUUCAAAUGGUGGACGAUCUCUGGCUAGGAAAAUAGUAAUAACGUUUUCCUCCUCAAUGACUGAUUAUUCCGUUGGGAUAAGAGACCAAAUACUUAAUCUGAACAAAUCAGAUAUUGAAGUUUUGGGAGUCGCCACAAACCAUAACGAUCCUAUUUCUAAUGAUUAUACAGAAAUACUUUUAGAUGCAUGUCAGUUGUUUGUUAUACCUACAGAGUCGAAAACUGAUCCUUUUGACUGCUUGAAAGCUGUGUCUGGUAUGACGUCAUAUUAUGUGUGUAAUGAUUCUAUUUUUCAAUUGUACCCAUAAGAAUGUAUAUCAGCUUUAUAUCCAGAUGUUUAUAACAUUAG